AUGGGCAGCUCUUGUAAUUAAUUAUAAAGUAGUUCUAAUGAAGAUAAUAAACAGAUUUAAAGUGAUAUAUAAUAUUAAGGACCGUCAGUGAAAAUUCCAGUGUUCACUAGGAAAUUAGAAUUGAAUUUAAAAAUAGAUAAAGGACUAUAACAGAUAAGGCCAAAAAGGAUUGAUGAAUCAGUAAUGGAUAUAACAACUGAAAGAAACUUGCAUGAAUAAAACACCCCAUAGUUUUAUCUAAUUAAUUAGAUACAGUUUAAGAAAAAAGAGGAUUCAUGCUAAAGUUAUAGGAAAUAAUAGUAAUAAGAAGAUUUACUCUAAGAAAUAUGUGCAAAUGAGGUAAUAUCUUAGAUAUCAGUUUAUUCUAAAAAGGAAGACGAAUAUGAGGAAUAUUAUAAUGAUUUAGUAAAGGAAAACGAGUGGGAUUAAUUUAAAUUUCAACCAAUAUUCAUAAUGAAGAUGGUUGAUAGGAGUCAAUCAUAAUAAAAAUGA